GAUCGCGGCUUCAGAGGCACAGAAUUACUUUCACCUUCGUCCAGCACGUCCCCUGCGGCGCGAUCUCUUAAUUGUCGUCGCCUCCCCGUUCCCCGCCGUUCUCCCCCCUCCCCCGGAUUUCCCAUUUGCUCUGCCACAUUUUCAGAACCAGGUUCCUGGUAGAACACAAAACCUAAACGUUCCUUCCCCCGCUAGAUGGUGCGGCAGAGCUCUCAAGGUAGCUAGCGAGGCACGCACACACCAGCAACAGCAGUAGUGAGGCGGGCGAUUCGAUGAAGCCAACAUUCGCCAUCUCAGUCCUGGUCGCCGCCGCGGGUACCGCUUCGGCGCAGUUCGUCACGUCCAUUACGCCGGUAAGUGUUCCUCUCUUGGCACUAGCCUCACUUUCUACUCCUGCAUUGGCGCUGACUUGUCACCAACAGGCCGUCGCGGCACGAAAUGGGGAUGAUGGCGGCGUGCUCGACAGACGACAGGGGGCUGUCACUACUGUUCUGAGAACUAUCACAAAAACAUCGACGAGGCAGUCAACAUCAACUGCGCCGCUGUCAGAGAGCCGGGACUCCUUCAGUCCCGGCAGCUCCACCGCCUCGGCGGCAGACACAACCAUCACAACCUCUGCAACGCAAAUCAACACCGACUCCGGCUCCAGCUCCAUUACCAGCUCCAGCCCUACCCUCACCAGCAGCAGCAACACCCUCACCACGUCGAGCAGCACCGAAACCACCGCCGCCUCGACUCGAGUCCCAGAGCCUCAAACAGGAGGAGGGGACAAGAUCAGCUCGGGCACCGCAGCGGGCAUUGCGGCCGGCGUGGUUGGCGGCGUACUGGCGUUCGUCGGCGUCUUCAUGAUCGCCUAUCACAAGCGGCAAAAGGUGCAGAACGGAACCGUGGUGACGGCUGACUAUCCGCAUUCGCUAGGCGACCAGAAACCGCCGAUAGGCGGCGUCCCUUCGCGAAGCAACACCGACAUGUUCUUCCCCCCGCCCGCGGCGCGGUAUCCCAUCCGUUCACGAAGCAACACCGAUAGGUUCUUUCCCCCGCCCGCGGCGCUGGCGGCGUAUCCAGCCCCCGCAAGGAACGAUGCAGAAAGUAGUGGCAAGGGCAAGGGCGGUUCCGAGAUGACGCUGGGGGCGAAUGAUCUAGCGUACGACACGGAGAGGAGUGGCCAGGACGCAGGAUACUCGCCGCAGAGCGGUCACGAGAUGGGAUACUCGCCACGGGGCGGACAGGAGGUAGGAUACUCGCCGCGCAGCGGUCAGGAGAUGGGACAAUCGCCGCGGGGUGACCAAGAAAUGGGAUAUUCUCCACGGGGCGGUCAAGAAAUGGGAUACUCGCCACGGGGCGGUCAAGGCAUUGUAUCCUCGCCGCGGAGCGGUCAAGACAUGGGAUACUCGCCACGGGGCGGUCAAGACAUUGUUGUAUCCUCGCCGCGGAGCGGUCAAGACAUGGGAUACUCGCCACGGAGCGGCCCAGUCGCGAGCCCAGGGUACCAAAACCACCAUGCCGUUUCCACCGACGUGCCCAUGCCAGCGGCGAACCCGGCCAGCAAUGCGUCGGGGCAAGCCGUCGCGUAUCCUCCCAAGGGCGACAACUUCAGCCUCCCAGCCUUCAUGAUACCUGGGGGAGAGCGGGCCCGCUCCGCGAGCUUUGGAAGCCCAGAGGCAGAUCCGAGUUCCUCGCCGCCGCCGCCAGUCCCGCGAGUUGGCAGGGCGCUGGCGACGGGCAACGAGUCUCCGCUGGAACGCAAUGAGGUCGAGCUGCCGUGAUCCAAACCGCCCCGGCACGCAUGUAUGUACAUAGGUAUCUUGUAAAUAUAGCCUCCGCGGCAAGUGUACAGUACUUGGGCGGACUUUGUGCUGUGCCUCGCGUGACGUGGAUUGAAGUGUUCAUUGCCCCUCAAACAAAUGCAUUCGCGCGACAGAGCCUACAUCUCCCAGUUCAUAUUAAACAGAUCGCUCAGCCAGACCUCGGACUCAUCCAGCUGCAAAACUGGCGUUGGAGGCGGCGCGUCUGUCAUACCGCCGUACGCGACGCCGUCCAAUGGCGCUGCCAGGGCGAUAUUACCUCGCUCCAGCGCCGCGAACUCCAUGAGCCAGUGCUCCUUGAGCGUCAGCAUCAUCUUGGAGCAGCUCACAAACACGUCGUCGUCCAGGUUGGG